AGUAGCAGUGAGGGUGACGAGGAGGGUGUGUGUGCAGCCAGUGCUGGAACCGUCCCAGGCACCAGCAGGAGGUCGAAGAGACUGUCUGGGACCCAAACACUGCCAGCCUGCGAGGUGAUAAUGGCGUGUGUCCUGUGUGAGGCCAGGUGGGGCGUGAGGCCAGCCGCCCCCAGCUUGUGAGGUGGUGGAGGCCGCAGGACCAUGCGUGAGGCCCCCUUGAGGCGGGUGCUACUCGAAGACCUCCCGUCCCUGCUGGCGUGCCACACUGUGCCUGCCCAGUCAGCUGACCUGGCCCCCGUUCACGGCGCCAGGGCCAGGACCGCCCACACCCACGCCCACGUCAUGGAGAAGAGGCCAGCGGGCGAGGGGGGUGGGGAGGGCGGGGUGGCGGCUGACCUCCGGGAAAAGCUUACCCUGAGGGCGGGCGUCGUCAAUGGCAUGAAGAUUGGCACCACGGAUGCCGAGGUGCAUGUGCCAGCCCUCAAGUGCCGCCCACCGCACCCCCCGCCGCCCGUGCCGCCCGUGCCGGAGGAGCAGUGUUCAGAGUCUAGUCAGGAGUCCAAGAGUGACCUCAAUGGUGCAGUGUGCAAUGGGCAUACUGUCUCUGAGGCCACCAGCAGUGGCAGCAUUGCUGUGUCUGACACUUUCUCCCUGGCCUCAGAGCGCUCGUCAGACUCAUCCCAGUCUCUGUGUGGGGCACGGCCCAGGACCCGACACACCUCCGGGGGUUCCCAGGGCACCCAGAGCACUCCGGCCCAUGACCUCAGCUCUGCCAGUGACAGUUUAGUGACACCAGAAAUAUGCAUAAGUCCUGUGCCUCCAGCAGUGGCGGUGGACGACCUUGUGGUGGAGUACAUAAAUUACGAGAACGAGUUGCAAAUGUCUGCUAUAAUGAGGCUAAUCCAGAAGGACUUAUCUGAACCUUACUCCAUAUACACUUAUAGAUAUUUUAUACAUAAUUGGCCCAAGCUGUGCUUCCUGGCUGUCUCAAAUGGAGAGGUGGUGGGAGCCAUUGUUUGUAAGCUGGACGUGCACAAGAAAGUCACAGUCCGAGGCUAUAUUGCAAUGCUUGCUGUUGAUCACAGGUUUCGGAAAAGAAAAAUAGGGUCUAACUUGGUGCAGAGAGCAAUCCGUGCCAUGGCCUCAGAUGAUGCAGAUGAGGUAGUGUUGGAGACGGAGAUCACCAACAAGCCAGCUCUCAGGCUCUAUGAGAACCUGGGCUUCGUCCGUGACAAGAGGCUCUUCCGGUACUAUCUUAAUGGGGUGGAUGCCCUGCGGUUGAAGCUGUGGCUCAGAUAAGAUCAAGACUACUAAGUGUGUGUGUGUGUGCGUACAUACAUGUGUGUGUCGGUCCUAAAAAUAGUGAGGUGGGCAGAGAACCGUGCCAACCCCUGCCCUACCCUGCCCUGCCAUGCCCUGCCCUGCAUACCACUUCACUAGCCUGCAGGGUAGCACAAGGUUACCACUGAUCAUGUGAAGGUUUGGUUCAUGCUCAUGUCAACGGGAGUCUCAGGUCUAAGUCAGUUUUGUUAAUUGUUGUUGUUGUUAUUAUCAUUAUUCUUAUUACAUCCAUUCUUUUGUUAUUAUGAUUGAUCAGCAGCAGCAGCAGUACUCUGUUACAUGUGAUAAUUCAGUAUUAUUGGCAACAUCUUAGUCAAAGAAAUUUAUGAUGUGACGAAGUCCAGCUUACAGAGAUGUAUGCUGGGAUUGUCUGGACUGCAGUUGAUGAUGAAGGGCUUAUUAAGUAUAGCAGUAACCUAAUAUACCAAGUGCUGAUACAGUGGGGUGUUGUCCAACAGUUAUGAUGUAACAUUAAUCGACAAUGUGGCAUGGGAAUAACUGCAAGUAUAAAAUGUAUAGCCAGCGAUGACUAAUGCAUAUUGGCAGGCAAUGAUGUUAUCCUAACUCAACCCACACUCCUGAGCUUGGUUUUUUUUGUGCUUGGCCUCUCUGACUUUGUUUAUUUAUAUUCUGUAUUUGUGGGUGUAUGUGAGUGAUCAUCUUUGAUUGUAUUAGAAACCUUCUCUCUGUCUUCCAUCAUUACACCUACCAUCAAAUGCAACCAACACAAUUUCUGUGUGCAGGAAAGACAAGUGUUCAGUAUGCUAGUCAAAUGAGCUCACAGUGUUGCCAGGCUAGUUAAAUGUCUAUGGUUUGGUCUGAGAUGAGGUGAGCUGCAGCCAUGUGUAAUGUAUUAGAGCUAAUCCUGCAGUCACUCACCAUUAUUGAACAUAUUUAGGCAUCUACUAUACAGACAAUAACAUUCCAAAGAGUAAAGGUUCUUUGUGGAUAUGUGCUGCAAAUGCAAGAACUUGUUCCAAGAACUGAAUAACAUAAUAAGUUGAUCUUAUCAUUUGCUUCUCUCAUCACUGUUGGGCUGGAGGUGCUGAUCCUGCUGGUGUAUUACUGAUGGCAGCUUACAUGAAAUGCUGACUCAAGAUGAUUCAGUGUUAAUUUAUAACUUCACACAAAAUUAUGAUCACACUGAGAAUGAAUCUGGGAUCUCCAUUAGUGUGGCAUUAAUUAAUUUUCUGCUUCUUUCACCUUAAUCUGCUUCUUCCUGGCUUCCUUCAUCUCUUUCAUGGCCUUUUUAUUCCUGUGUACUGUGCAACUACUGCCAUUGAUAUUGGCAAGGCACACAAGUAGUGCAUAUAUUGUAUCAAUAGGCAUCUUUAAUGUGAAGACAUCCUAGGACUACUUUUUAUUUUUCCCAUUAAUGUCUCUAUUUUCAUGAUAUCAUGAAUUACUAAUUUUCAUUAGGUAUCCUGCUGCUGUAAGAAAAUAAUAUCAUGAAUUAAUAAUUUUCAUUAGGUAUCCUGCUGCUGUAAACUUAUGGAACAUGACAACACCCCACUGUUGUAAUUGCAUUAACUGACUGCCCUCACUGUCACCUACCAUGAGUUGGCUAUGAAUGAGUUUAUUAACAGCUUCAAGAGUCUAAGUGUUCAUUUACUCAUUUGAGUCAAUUAGUAAUUAAUGUCUAACAAUAUAGUGACAAAAUAUUGUGAAGAACAAUAGAACAUUACUUUACCAUCUAGAUAGCUCAUUGAAUGGUUUAACAAAUUGAUUUCCUCACUGAAAAGCUUGGCUUGAUGUCCGAUUUUCUCUGGCAAGUAUUUUAGGUAACUUUCUUACUGAACUAAUGUUCUGCUUUUGCAAUAUAAUAUCCAAGAAGAAAAUGCUGAAACAAAUUGAAUGGAGCAAAUUUGCCUUGUUGCAUGGUGACAAGAUGUCUAAGAACAUUUUAAAAAAUAAAUAAAAUUGCAUCUAUCAUUAUUAGUUUGAUGUUUGGGAUAUUUUUCAAGGACUUCAUUAAUAUUUCUAGCUGGAAGAUAGUUAAAUUUGGGAACGUCGUUCCUUCAGUCACAGGAGACAUGAUGGCCUUUGUUAUACAGAAUUUAUUAAAGACUUACUACUUCUGACUAUACUUUGUAAUCUGUUGGGGACAAUGGUACUCUUACUAUUAGGAUAGCAGUAAGAUGGUAUUAGUAGUCUCCUUUUCCUUGUCAUUAAUGAGCAUUCCUCAUUUUGAGACAUGAAAUCUUAACAACUUGAUAAAAACUGAACCAGAAUCCAGUGAAUCAAGGGUUUUCUGUUAUGUCGAGGUUUUUGUGUAGGAAAGUGCCAUGCUAGUUAAAAUUAUCACUAAUUUUUAUUGGUAUUUGUUAUUACAUAAAUUGUAACUGAUAACCUGCUAUUAUAUUUUGAUACCCUUCCCUCUUUACUUCUCUUCUGCCAUUCUCUGAAGAAUUCUAGGAAGAGAAACAGGAGGAAGGAAAUUUAGUGACAAAGAUGAAGUAAAUUAUCAUGUUAAGGGACAGUGGUAUGUUGCUGAUUUUCAUGUAUGUAGUAAGAGAUGUCAGUGGCAGAUAACUAGUAAGUUGGCUGGACUGAGGGAACAGUAGUAUGUUGUUGCCAAGUUUUUAUGUAUUAGCAGAGUUCAUUAGAUCUGUAGUAAACUGGCAGGACUUAAGAUAAUAGUAUGUUGUUGCUGGAUUUUUUUCUUAAAUAUGUAUUAAUAUGAAGCUUCAGCACUGAACUAAUGUGUGUGCAGGUUAAACAUUAAGUUUGAGUACUGAGUUGGUGUGUGUGUGUAUCAAGAGUGUAGGAAGAGGAGCAUGGUGGACAGAUGUGCGCACACACUCAAGGCCAGAUGUGAGGCAGCCGUCCAUGUGGUGCAUCCAAAGCCACACGGAUGCUGACAGAUGCCUGCAAUGUGACCUUAAAACAUACAGGAUACACCUUAGAGGUUCAGUAUGUGUGCAUAACCAUACAUACACCAACACACACAUCACACACACUAGUAGUAGCCUUGCCAGCACCCUUUUGAGGUGUGUGAGGGUGCAACACAGCCCUCUCACCAGUCCUACCUCGCCCCUCCCCUUCCCUGCUGUGUCGCCUCAUCUUGGCACUCCAUUACAAGCAGUGCCAAGGGUGGGGCACCCAAGAGCCUCAUCAGCUAUCCAAAGAACAAGGCUGCGCCCACAACACUUAGGUUACCGCUGCCUUUGGAGAGAUUAAAGAAAAUACAAAACUGUGUGACGCUGUAGAAUCGCAUAAUUAAAAGUAGUAAAAUG